AUGACAAACGCAAUUGGAAUUGACUUGGGCACCACGUACUCGUGCGUGGCGCAUUUCGCCAAUAACAAAGUCGACAUUAUUGCCAACGACCAAGGCAACAGAACCACCCCCUCGUAUGUUGCCUUCACCGACACCGAAAGACUCAUAGGAGACGCCGCCAAAAACCAGGCUGCCAUGAACCCCAGCAACACGGUGUUUGAUGCCAAAAGACUCAUUGGCAGAAAGAUCUCGGAUAAGGAGGUGGUGGAGGACAUGAAGCAUUUUCCCUUCACCAUCAUCGACAAAGGCGGCAAGCCCAACAUCCAGGUGGAAUUCAAGGGCGAACGCAAGGACUUCACCCCGGAGGAGAUUUCGUCGAUGGUGUUGACCAAAAUGAAGGAAACCGCAGAGAGCUUCUUGGGCACCAAGGUCACGGACGCCGUGAUCACGGUCCCCGCAUACUUCAACGAUUCCCAGAGACAAGCCACCAAGGAUGCAGGUUUCAUCGCAGGCAUGAAUGUCUUAAGGAUCAUCAACGAGCCCACCGCUGCGGCCAUUGCCUAUGGCUUGGACAAGGACACCAAGAGCGAGAAGAACGUCUUGAUCUUCGACUUGGGCGGGGGCACUUUCGACGUUUCCUUGUUGAGCAUCGAGGACGGGAUUUUCGAUGUCAAGGCCACUGCCGGUGACACCCACUUGGGUGGUGAGGACUUCGACCACAGAUUGGUCAACCACUUUGUCACCGAGUUCAAGAGGAAAAACAAAAAGGACUUGUCCUCGAACCAAAGAGCCAUGAGGAGAUUGAGAACGGCCUGCGAACGUGCCAAGAGAACUUUGUCCUCCUCUGCCCAGACAUCCAUAGAAAUCGACUCCUUGUUUGAGGGCGUUGACUUCUACACAUCUAUCACCAGAGCCAGGUUCGAGGAGUUGUGUCACGACCUAUUCAGAUCUACUAUGGACCCUGUGGAAAAGGUCUUGAGAGACGCAAAGAUCGACAAGUCCCAGGUGGAUGAGAUUGUUCUUGUGGGUGGCUCAACCAGAAUCCCAAAGAUCCAGAAGUUGGUUUCGGACUACUUCAAUGGCAAGGAACCAAGCAAGUCCAUCAACCCCGACGAGGCCGUUGCGUACGGCGCUGCUGUACAGGCUGCGAUCUUGUCCGGUGAUACCUCCUCUAAAACCCAGGACUUGUUGUUGUUGGACGUGGCUCCAUUGUCUUUGGGCAUUGAAACUGCCGGAGGAAUCAUGACUAAGUUGAUUCCAAGAAACUCGACUAUCCCUACCAAGAAGUCCGAGACCUUCUCAACGUACGCUGACAACCAGCCAGGUGUCUUGAUUCAAGUCUAUGAAGGCGAGAGGGCCAAGACCAAGGACAACAAUUUGUUGGGAAAAUUCGAAUUAUCUGGCAUUCCACCUGCUCCUAGAGGCGUGCCCCAAGUUGAAGUCACAUUCGACAUUGACGCCAACGGAAUUUUGAAUGUGUCUGCUUUGGAGAAAGGUACUGGAAAGACACAGAAGAUUACCAUCACCAACGACAAGGGUAGAUUAUCCAAGGAGGAAAUCGAAAAGAUGGUUUCCGAUGCGGAGAAGUAUAGAGAGGAAGAUGAAAAAGAGGCCUCGAGGAUACAAGCCAAGAAUGCAUUGGAAUCUUACGCCUAUUCAUUGAAGUCUAGUGUGAACGAGGAGCAGUUCAAGGCAAAGUUGGAUGCCUCGGAUGUCGAAACCGUUGUUAAGGCGGCCGAUGAGACCAUUUCAUGGUUGGAUAGCAACCAAACGGCCACGACUGAGGAGUUCACUGACAGAAAAUCUGAAUUGGAAGGCACCGUGAAUCCAAUCAUGACCAAAGCCUAUCUGGCUGGCGCUACACCUGGUGGUGCUGGCGCUGGGUUCCCUGGUUCCGGAGGAUUCCCGGGUGCUGGAGGUGAUGCUUCUGCAUCUAGCCAAGGUCCAACAGUUGAGGAAGUUGACUAG